UAGCUGUCCUAAUCUAGACCGUUGAUUUCAAUCCAACACAUCAACAUAUCAUCUCCCACCUCACCCCGCCGUUUGAAUCACCACUUCUCACGGUCAUGGAUACCUCAAAAAAACCAUUAAACAUAGGAAUCAUAGGAUUCGGUCCCUUUUCUCAGUUUUUGACAAAAACUAUGAUCAAACAAGGCCAUGUUGUCAGGGCAACUUCAAGGUCAGAUUACUCUGCCCAUCUGGGUGCCAAUUUUUUUAGGGAUAUGGAAGAGUUUAUGGGAUUAGAGCAUGAUGUGAUCAUGAUAUGCACAUCAAUAUUGUCUGUUUCUGAGGUUGUUAAGUCUAUCCCAUUUCAUUGCCUCAAAAAACCAACUUUGUUUGCUGAUGUGCUCUCUGUUAAAGAGCACCCUAGACAAAUUCUCCUGCAGGAAGUUCCUGAGGACUCGGAUGUGGUGUGUACUCAUCCUAUGUUCGGGCCGGAAAGCGGGAAAAACGGGUGGAACGGUCUGAACUUUAUGUAUGAGAGGGUUAGAGUAAGGGAUGAAGAUUUAUGCUCGUCUUUUCUUAAUAUUUUUGAAUCCGAGGGGUGCAAAAUGAUAGAAAUGAGUUGUGAAGAGCAUGACAGAUUAGCUGCUCAAAGUCAAUUUGUUACUCACACAAUAGGCAGGAUUUUAUCAGAAAUGCAGAUUACAAACACAGCAAUAGACACAAAGGGAUUUGAAAAGCUGGUUCAAGUGAAAGAGAACACAGCGAAUGAUAGUAUGGAUCUCUAUAGCGGGCUGUUCAUACACAACAGGUUUGCCAAACAGCAGAUGGAGAAUUUAGAAAGUGCGCUUGAGAGAGUGAAGGGGUCACUAGAAGCAAGGAUGAAAAAGGAAGAUGGACACAAGUGAGGACAAUGGAUUCAGAUCAGAUGUGUAACCUUCUGUUUGGUAGAUUUGAUCAGAUAUAAGUGCUGUAUUUACCUUUAAUAACUUAUAGUAGAAACCUCAAUGCUAGAGCAGGCGCCCCUUGGCCCUGUUUGAUUUUUUUAGAUAUUCGGAUAUCAGAAGUUUAAUAAUGUUUUCAGUAUCAGUGAUAGCUCA